AUGGGAAGGUUUCGCACACAGCUUGCCCUUCUGCUAGCGUUCGCGGUGUGUGCCAGUGGUUCGCUCGCGUCGGAACAGGGCAAGCCCAGCUACAGGAAGUAUCUGCGCACGCGCAAACCAUCGCACCCGACCGAGCUGCACGUGGAGGAGGUGCUGGAGGUGUUCCGUACCGAUGGGGCUCCCCCACCGUACGGUGUCGAUAAUGCGCUGGUGAAUCACUUUCUUGCUGUGCAGCUGUGGGAGCAAACGCGCACAGCUGCUAGCGUUACGUCCAGUACGGCACCGACGGUGGUGCAAGUGACAACGGUAGCGAACGUCGCCUCGGUACCGGAACACAGCACCUUCGCAACGCCGGUGUACGAGAACCGCAAUCCAAUCUACAGCUACCUCUUUCGUCCAUCAAUCACUGCAACCAAAUAUGCCGGCUAUCCGGCCGAAAGUACCAUCAUCAUCAAGGAGGCUGAUCCGAGGCUGAUAACGCAUACUGAUGCGGAUGAGGCACCAGUACACUGA